AAUCCCCAAUUCCCGCAAAGACCAGCAGCAAUCUCUCAGGAGGGGCUUAAGAGGCGGAGGCCGCCUUUCUGACUCCAACGGUGGUCCGAGGCUUUUUGGCCCCUUUCUGGGUCUGCACGGAAGCGCCAGUCCCAAGGGUGGGGUUAGGGUGGGAGCGGGAGGCCGCCGCCGCAGGUGCAACCCAGACCCAGGGGAAUCUACCCUGGGAGUAGCGCGGCUCAAGCUUUCGGGAGCCGGCCGAGAGCGGUGAGGGUGCCUUCAUUUCAUACUCCUGCUCCCUUCGGCCCCAUCGGUGGGGUACAGGCUUCCAGGCGCCCACAGAUCGGGCCGAGAAUCGUGCCUCGCUUAUCUCACAUCACAAGUAAAAAGUUCCGGCCACCAAGAGCUACCAAGAGCCCCGAAGCGCCUUCGCGUCUUUGUAUUUUUAAAUCUGGCGGGUUUCAUCCAGUCCUAGCCAACCCUGUACUCCGGUUGCCGUCCCAGCCAAUCGGCAUCGGGCCCGCCAUUUUUCAAACCCGUGCCCUCUGCCAAUUAGGGCCGAGCUCUUCAUUCCUCUCCUGACCGGUUCUAACGGGUCUAGGAGUUAACGACCUGAAGGAGCAACCAAACGUGCUAGGCUCCGGCGAGAGGGCUGUGCGCAUUGCACCGUCGACCAAUUGAACGCUGGGGGAUUCAGAGGGGCGGUGACCGACGGGAUUCGAACAGUCCUCAAAGCCAAUCAGAAGAGUCUGGGGGGCGGGGAUCGUAACGCGGUUCAUCAAGUUGCAGUGGCGGGGAGAACAGUGCAAAACAAGAGGCUGGGGAUUGCGUUAGAGAUAAACCAUUUCGCUGCAGGAGCCCCUGAGUGAGGAGGAAGCGCCGCUCCAGCUACGAUAGAGAGAAGCUGUUAAGGAUGGGUAAAGGAGACCCCAACAAGCCGAGGGGCAAAAUGUCCUCCUACGCUUUCUUCGUGCAGACCUGCCGGGAGGAGCACAAGAAGAAGCACCCGGACUCCCCUGUAAACUUUGCGGAGUUCUCCAAAAAGUGCUCCGAGAGAUGGAAGACCAUGUCUGCAAAAGAAAAGUCCAAGUUCGAAGACCUUGCAAAAGGAGAUAAAGCUCGGUAUGAUCGGGAGAUGAAAAAUUAUGUGCCUCCCAAAGGUGAUAAGAAAGGAAAGAAAAAGGAUCCUAAUGCUCCCAAGAGACCACCAUCUGCAUUCUUCCUCUUCUGUGCCGAACAUCGCCCAAAGAUCAAAAGUGAACAUCCAGGCCUUUCAAUUGGAGAUACUGCUAAGAAACUGGGGGAACUAUGGUCUGAACAAUCCGCCAAAGACAAACUACCUUAUGAACAGAAAGUUGCUAAACUAAAGGAGAAAUAUGAAAAGGAUAUUGCAGCAUAUCGUGCCAAGGGCAAGGGAGAUGUGGGAAAGAAGGGCCCUGGCAGGCCAACAGGAUCGAAGAAGAAGAAUGAGCCUGAUGAAGAGGAAGAAGAUGAAGAUGAGGAAGAUGAGGAUGAGGAGGAUGAUGAUGAAGAGUAAAUGAAUAUCCUGUUGUAAAGAUUUUUUUGUGUGUGAUGAAAGUCAUUGUUUUGCUAAGAAUGUGAACUCAAGUGCAGCUCAUUGUUAGCUUCAGUAUAAAAACUGUACAGACUUGUGUAUAGGUAACGUGAUUCUUUGUAGGGAGAACCUCUAUUUUUUAAUGUAAGUAGAAGCUUUCAAGGGGACACUCCAGAUAGAUUUUAAAGCUUCUGAUGUUGAAUGUUUCUGCAUAUUUAAUGGUUUCUUUUGAAUUUCUUGACAGUGUAUUGUUGUAGCACCAUAAAGUCCUAGAAAGUAGUAUCAUAGCAAAUCUUUAAGUUUUAUAGUGUUGCAUUUUGUUUUUUUAAGAUAAAUAUUUUGUAAUAAAAUGAUGUACAUUA